AUGACGAUACCUCGCAUCGUGUGGAACGUGGCGUCGGGCGCGGUGCGGCGCCGGAUGGCCCCACCACCACCGGGCAUUCUCAUCGACUUUCCGUCGGUAUGGAAGAGCCGCAUUGGAUUUGUUGACACCGACACGAACUUCCAUUUGAAUAACUCGUCCUACUUUACACAGAUGGAGCUCGCGAUCGAUUACGCCGUCGGUUAUACUGGCAUUAUCGAUCGAGUCUUGGCCAACAAGUGGUUCUUUCUGGUCGGGUCCCACGCCAUCCGCUACCGGCAUGCCAUUCCCCCGAACACCCCGUUCGAGAUUCACACUCAAAACAUCUUCUGGGAUCCGACGUGGGUGUACCUACGCGCUCGAUUUGUAUGCCCGGAGACUGGGAAACUUUACGCCGAAGGGAUUACUCGCAUCACGCUGCGCAAAGGGCGCGACACAAUAUCACCUACAGAACUCCUCAACUGCCUGUGUCCCUCCACCGAGGUGAGCAUCCAGCUGAUUCAACGCCCGACCUUGACGCCUUGGAUUGUACAGACUACUGGGAUGGUGCCGCCCACUACAAUGCCUCCACUUGUGUCAGAGUUGCUCAAGUGGGACGAGGCGUCCGAAGCAAGCAUGAAGAGCUUUGACCCAUCGAAAGCAGCCACCUUAUCGCGGCCGUCGGCGUGGCGUCUGCUCAGAUCCAUGAAUCUGCCAUGGGAACCUUUUCAAGUGCCGACACAUCGCCAGCCGUAG